CGGACUUGUUUGUUGAGCAGUGGCGACGGGCCGUGCUGCUCCUGUCACUGCCGGCGAGACGACCUAGCGCCGCCCCUCCGCCGCCGCCAUCAUGCUGCACCUCCGGGAUCGCAUCCUCCCUCUGCUCCGCGCCGCGUCCACUAUCCACCCCCGCCCCUGCCUCCUCCUUUCUACUUCCACCUCCACCUCUCCCGCGCCCUUCUCCCUCGAGCUCGAGGACUACCUCGUCGCCGCCUGCGGCCUCACCCCAGCCCAAGCCCGCAAGGCGUCUCAGCAGGCAUUCGAUGAGGCAGCCAAACGAUCAAGGAAACCAAUCGAGGAGUUCUCCUACCCCCGCCUCAACUCCGCAUCGAAGAACCCGGACGCCAUCCUCGCCCUGCUCUCCGGCGUCGGCCUCUCCCGCGCCGACAUCGCCGCCGUCGUCGCCGCCGAUCCGCUGCUCCUCCACUCCUCGGUGAAGACCGUAGGCCCCCGCCUCCUCGCUCUCCGUGACCGCCUCGGUCUGUCCCCUCCGCAGAUCGUUCGCUUCCUCCUGGUCGGCUCAGACGCUCUCUGCCACGAUGUCAUUCCCAAGCUCCAGUUCUUGAUCUCCUUCUACGGCUCAUUUGAGCAGGUCCUGGUGGUCGUAAAGAGGAGCAACAGCCUCCUAAGGGUGGGUCUUGAGAGUGUGAUCAAGCCUAAUAUAGCUUUGUUUCGUCAGAUUGGUGUUCAAGAUAUUGUCCAGCUGUGUUCAAACACCCCGCGGUUGCUUACAUUCAACCUGGAGCGCCUGAAGGACUGUUUGCUGCGGGCGGAAGAACUUGGGGUGCCUCGCACUUCACGGAUGUUCAAGUACGCGGUGUCUUUGGUCGCCGGUAAUUCCAAAGAGAAGGUUGCUGCCAAGCUUGAGUUCUUUAAGAGGACUCUUGGUUGUUCUGAGGCUGAGGUUUCCGUUGCAAUGUCCAAGGUGCCAACUAUUUUAGGAAUCUCUGAUGAGAAUCUUACCCGCAAGAUAGAGUUUCUAGUCAAUGAGGUUGGAAUGGAACCACAGUACAUUCUGGAAAGGCCUAUUCUGCUUGGAUAUAGCUUGAAAAAGCGUCUGCUCCCACGUCAUAGGGUUGUGAAGGCCCUGCAGGCAAAGGGAUUGUUGAAUAGCAAUAUGAACUUGUUUUCAUUGGCUGUAAUUGGAGAGGAGGCUUUCAGAUUGAAGUUCGUUGACUGUCACAAGGACUCUGUUCCUGGCCUUGCAGGUUAUUAUGCCACAGCUUGUGAUGAUGAUGUGCCCCCUGAAGUCCAACUAUUGUCCUGAAAUAUUUAAUAUUCUUGGUAUAAUUCAGGUGGAUUGUAGAAUUGCAACCCAUGCUCAUUUGUUGUCCGUGAUACAAACUUCCGAAUUAUUGUUUCAGCAAUAUAACUACUUUGAUUGUUGACUUGUCA